AGGGGCGGUGACUCCACAUCGCCCCGCCCCUUUCCGGCCCCUCCAGAGGCGGUGCCGCCAUUUUCUCGGCGCCGCCCACGGGGCCGGUUCUGGGCCGGGACCGGCGCUGGUCCCGGGGCUCCUUCGCCACCGGAGCGCCCUCAAUGUGUCCCCAAGGUGUCCCCAGGGAGCAUGGAGCCCCAAGAGCUGUCCCCGGCCCUGCUGCACCCGCCGGUCACUGUGGUGGCCACCCUGGGCGAGCUGCUGGCCACCCUGCCCAGGCCGGACGAGAUGAUGCUGCUGUUCCAGUUCCCAUUGGACCUGUACUGGGUCCUGGAGAAAUUCACCAAGGAUCUCCAGACCAGCCUGUACCGCACUGAUGACACCGUGUGGCGCCGCAUUGUCACCUCCGAUGAUCGUGACCUUCUCAUCUCCCUGAGCAAGGCCCUGGCCGCCUGCAAGAGCACCCCACGGGCUGCUGGGGACCAUGAGGCAAUGGCGGCCGUCAUGUGGCAGGGCUCGGUGUCUGUGCUUCUGGACAGCUGGGCUGAGCUGGCCAAGGUGGCCACCCACCUCCUCGACAUCUGCAGGAAGGUUGUCGCUGAGGCGGCCAACAAGGCGGCCAUCGCCACCGACUGGGCUGACAUCCUGCAGAAAAUGGCUGCCUCUUUUAGGAUAGGUCAGGAACACCGGGAGCAGCUGGGUCCAGCCCUGGGCAGGCAGGCGGGGGCUGAAGUGGUGGGCAGGCGUGAAGCCCGGGUGAGGAGAAAUGCCAGGGCGGCUGCCAGCGAGACACCAACAGUCCCCAUGUUGAGACAGAGGGUGGAGGAGGCCCUGGGGCUGCUGGAGCGCUUGGUGGCCGCGUGUGACGGAGCUGCCGCCUUCCCCCGGGAGCUGCAGCGCCUGCUCAGGGACAUCGUAGACACCAUGGAGGGGACAAAUGAGGCAUCCCCCAGUGUCCCCAAGGACUGGGUGGACAAGAUGGCUGUGGCCGAGCGGCUGUGGGUGGCCAACGCCCGGCUGGCCAAGGAUCACCUGGUGGGGACAAUUCCAGACACCAUCGACUUCUUGUUCAAUGGUGGUUCCGACAGACCCAGUGCCCGUGAGGUGUCCGAGCGGUGCCAAAGAGCCACUGACGACAUCCCAAGGCUGGUUCAAUCCCCAGAGCAUCUCCAGAGCGUCCCCAAGGUGUCCCCAGUGAGCGUGGAGCUACAAACGCUGUCCCCAGCCCUGCUUCACCCGCCGGUCACUGUGGUGGCCACCCUGGGCGAGCUGCUGGCCACCGUGCCCACACGGGAGGAGGAGAUGAGGCUGCUGGAGUCCCCAAGGUGCCUGUACUGGGACCUGGAGGAUUUCUGCAAGGAGCUCCGGGUCACCGUGUACUGCAUUGAUGACACCUGGUGGCGCCGCAAUGUCACCUCCGAUGAUGAUGACCCUGUCACCUCCCUGAGCCGGGCCCUGGCCGCCUACAGGAGCACCCCACCGGCCACCUGGCACCGUGUGACAAUGGCGGCCAGCGAGUGGCAGGGGUUGGUGUCUGUGCUUGUGGACAGGUGGGCCCGGCUGGCCAGGGCAGCCACCAAACUCCACAAUGCCUGCAGAGAGGUGGUCACACAGGCGGCCAACGCGGCGGCCACCACCAACGCCUGGGCAAGGAAGCUGCGAGGCCUGGUUGCCCAUUAUGGGAUAGCUCAGGAAAACAGGGCGCCACUGGGUCCAGCCCUGCGCAGGCGGGUGAGGGACAACGUCGGGUAUGAAGGCUGGGUGAGGAGAAAUGCCAGGGUGGGCGCCAGGCAGGCAACAAUGGCCACCAUGGAGAGACAGUGGGUUGAGGAGGCCCUGGGGCUGCUGCAGCGCUUGGUGGCCGCGUGUGACGAAGCAGCCGCGUUCCCCCGGGAGCUGCAGCGCCUGCUGGGGGACACCGAAGCUGCCCUGGAGGGGACAAAUGAGGCAUCCCCCGACAUCCCCAAGGACUUGGUGGACAAGGUGGCCGUGGCCGAGCGGCUGUGGGAGGCCAACACCCGGCUGGUCAAGGAUCACCUGCUGGGGACACUUCAAGACAUCAUUGAUUUCUAUAUCGAUGGUGAUCCUGCCAGCCCCCCUGCCUUUGAGGUGGCCGAGCGGUGCCGAAGUGCCAUCGACUACAUCCCAAGGCUCCUUCAACCCAUGGAGUGUUCCCACGUUGUCCCCAAGGUGUCCCCAGUGAACACGGAGCUCCAAGAGCUGUCCCCAGCCGUGCUGCACCCGCCGGGCACUGUGGUGGCCCUCCUGGGGGCGCUGCUGGCCACCGUGCCCACGCGGGAGGAGGAGAUGCUGCUGCUCAUGUCCCCAAGGUGCCUGUACUGGAACCUGGAGGACUUCACCAAGGAGCUCCGGGCCACCCUUUACCGCCUUGAUGGCACCUGGUGGCGCCAGGAUGUCACCUCCCUGAGCCGGGUCCUGGCCGCCUGUGACAGCACCACGUGCACCACCUGGGACCAUGUGACAAUGGCGGCCAGCAAGUGGCAGGGCUCGGUGUCUGAGCUUGUGGACAGCUGGGCCCGGCUGGCCAGGGUGGCCACCCAGCUCCGUAAGACCUGGAGGGAGGUGGCCACCAAGGUGGCCGACAGGGUGGCCACUGCCACCGCCCGGGCCAGGGAGCUGCAGGACAAGGCUGCCCGUUAUGGGACACUUCGGGAAAAGAUGUUGGAGCUGGGUCAGGCCCUGGGUGGGGAGGAGGGGGCUGAGGUGGUGGGCAGGCAUGAAGCCCGGGUGAAGAGGGAGGCCAGGGUGGCUGCCAGCGAGGCAACAAUGGCCAUCAUGGAGAGACAGCGGGUGGAGGCGGCCCUGGGGCUGCUGGAGCGCUUGGUGGCCGCGUGUGACGAAGCCACUGCGCUCCCCCGGGAGCUGCAGCGCAGGGUUGGGGACAUCCAGGCCGCCCUGAAGGGGACAAAUGUGGCGUAUCCCGAUGUCCCCAAGGACAAGGUGGCCGAGGCCGAGCGGCUGUGGGAGGCCAACGUCCGCCUGGCCAAGGAUCACCUGGUGGGAGCAGUUGACAGCAUCAUCGAGUUCUAUUUCAGUGGUGGUCCUGACAGACCCAGUGCCUGUGGGGUGGCCGAGAGGUGCCAAAGAGCCAUCCAGGACAUCCCAAAUCUGCUGCAGGGAUGAUGAUAUCACUGCCGUGAAAUCAUAAUAGCAGUGACAUCAUCAGCGACAGAGCUGCUGUCACCUGUCCCCUCCCCGUGCAGUUUUUGAGACAAAUUUGGGGAAUUUUCUGGGAAUUUUCAUUGAUACUGUCCCAAAUCCUGAUGGGAAUUCCUGUGGUGAUGUCACUGGGGACACUCAGGGACAGGGGACAAGGGUGACUGAGUCGCCUCAGCAGCUUCCAGCUUUCCACUGUGCCUGCAGCAUGGCCAGGCUGUCACCAUGAUACUUCAUGUAAAAUCCCUUUGCCAGGAUUUCUCCUCCUGGGAAGAUGAGAAGCCUCAGGGGAAAAGAAAAACAAUACUGUGAUCGCUUCUCCCUGAGUUUUGCUGCUUUGGAAUGUGGCAGGGUCACCUUUGAUUGGGUCCAUUUGAAUUGUUUUUUACUGAAUGACCAAUCCCAGUCCAGCUGUGUCGUAGUCUCUGAGAGAACUUGCAGCGAGAUGGCAGCCACAGGACAUCUAAAUCUUUCAGAGAAAGAGAAUUUAUGGCUCCAUUGUCAGAAGAAACCAACUUCUUCCCACCUUGUUCAGCCCUGAAGAUGCCAUUAUGAUUAAGAGAAGUUGACACUGCCCAGACAGAAUCUUUUGUUUGAAGCAAAUUUAUGCAUCAUGUAUGAGAUGUAUGAAUAUGCAACCGGCUAUUGCUUUUAAGGGUUAAUCCUCUGUUAACUUGUGUCCUUUUUCAGGCUUAUUUUGCCCAGAAAGAGGUACCCAGACUA